AUGAAGAAUUACAGUUUACAGGAUAAACUCAAGUCUGCUUUGGAGCCUCUACAGAAGAUUCUGAGAGUCUUAGAGGAAGCUAAACGAGACUAUGACCAAACAGCCGCCCACAUUAAGACGCAGGCCCAGCACACAGAGAGGCAGAUAAAGGAGGAGUUUGAGAAGCUUCACCAGUUUCUAAGAGAUGAAGAAGCAGCAAGGAUAGCUGCACUGAAGGAGGAAGAGGAGCAGAAGAGCCAGAUGAUGAGAAGGAAGAUUGAGGAGAUGAAUGGAGAAAUCUCAGCUCUUUCAGACACAAUCAGGAACAUAGAGAAGGAGAUGGAGGCUGAGGACGUUCUCUUCUUACAGAACUUCAAGUCCACAGAGAAACAAGCUCAGCUCACACCAAAGGAUCCAGAGAAGACAUCAGGAGCUCUGAUCAAUGUUGGGAAGCACCUUUCCAACCUGAAGUUCAGAGUGUGGGAGAACAUGCAGGAGGUUCUCCAGUACACCCCUGUUACUCUGGACCCCAACACUGCACAUCCAGACCUCCACCUGUCUGAAGAUCUCACUGCUGUAGAAAUCAGAGACCAGAUAUCAUCACUUCCUGAUAAUCCAGAGAGAUUUAAUGAGUGUCCUUGUGUUCUGGGUUCUGAGGGUUUUAACUCAGGGAUUCACUGCUGGGAUGUCCAGGUUGGAGACUGUGAUGAUAUCUGGUAUCUAGGUGUGACCACAGAGUCUGUAACAAGGAAAGGAAGCUCUUUCAUGGGUUCAGUGUGGGGUCUGUGUUAUAUCGGUGAAUAUGGAAUACACUACCCAGGACAGCGAGAUCACUUUCUUACAGUAAAAGAGAAGUUGCAGAGGGUCAGAGUUCAGCUGGACUGGGACAGGGGUGAAGUGACCUUCACUGAUCUUCUAACCAACACACACCUGCACACUAUAACACACACUUUCACUCAGAGAGUUUUACCGUUUUUCUGUAAUCGGUCUGGUGAUCCUCUGAGGAUCUUACCAGUGAAGACGUCAGUAACAGUGGAGCAGCACAGUUAAAGCUGAAGCUGCUUAGAAUGAUCAUUUAUAAGGUAGUGAGUGUCUGAAUUAUGAUCAUAAGAAUAUGUCACUGCAUGUAUAUUUUAAAUAAUGUGUUUGUACCGCUCCAUCCUGACAUGUCUGAGUGAGAUAAAAUGCUGGUUUAAAGUGUCA